AUGGGCUGGGCGCCCGGCCACGCGAUCGCGUACGCGUCUCUUGAGCUCGCGUACUUGGCCGUUCUCGGCAGCGUUGUCAGUGCGCGCCACUGGACACCGUCGCCGCCAUGGCCAUCGCCGUCGACGUUGCCGCCGCCUGGCAUCGCGCUCCUCCAUGCCGAGCUAGACCAAGUGCGCAACGACCACGCACACAUGCGAGGCGUGCGCCGCGCGAUGGCGCGCCGCGUGUACUUUGUCGAUGUGGCGUCGACGUUGCCAAGUGCGCUGCAGACGUCGCUAUCGCCCCUCGAAGCGACGGCCACCUGGCGCGACGACGUUCUCGAGAUCGUCGAUCCGGCGCUGUACGGGGCCAUUUACGGCCGGACGCGCUUUGCGCCACGCCAGCACCGCUUUCGAGUGGACUCGGCCCCGAGCAUCGUCGGUCUCUCGCUUGUGACCGAGUCGGCGCUGCGCGGCGUGACCUGCCCCGUGCUCCAGAUGCUGCCGACGCCGAUAUUGUGGGACAACACAACCGAGAGCGUGACGCUCGAGAGCUACAUCAACAACGUGCCCGCGUCCAACGAGGCCGCGUACGAAGCGCUGACCGACUCGCUUCGGGUGGUGCUGCCUCUCCUGGACGUGGCGCUUGGCCUUGACUGCGACGAUUACUCGCCGCACCGGCUCACGCGCGAUCUGACCUCGACCAAGACACUGCGCAAGAUGUAUCGCAAGCAGCGCGGCCUUCCCCAAAACGCGACGGUGUCGGCCGCCGAACUCGAUGCUUUCAUCAAGUCGUUGAAGCUCCAGCACCCGUCGUACCCAAGAGAAAGCGUUCGCAUGUCGAGCCGACCGUGGCCGUCGCCAUUCGUCACGACCGCCGAGCCGACGCACCAAGGGAUCUGCCACGUCACGGCCUACAGAGCGUCGGCGGCGACCAGCACGACGGCGUGGCGGCGGGGCUCGGGUGCGAUAAACGAAGCCGCGAGGUUCACGGCGCUCGUCUUUUACGACGUGACGAAUGUCGAGGCGCAGCUCGAGUGUCUCGAGACGUUUGCGAGCGUGUGCACCGAGAUCGACAGCGCGACGCAGGAGGAGAUCUUCCUCAAGAAACCCCGCCCACAAUGGAAUUCGCAAGUGACCGAUCGUCUGCCCGUGUACCAAGGUCGCGUCGUGCUCCUCGCGUCAUCGGUUGCGCAUCGGUUGCGCCUCCGCGCGCUCGAUGCGACGCAGCCCAGCGGCCUCAAACUGGUCGCAUGGGACUUUGUCUCGGAUCGCACGGGCGGUAUUCUCACGACGGCCGACGUCUUCCCGCAGCAACAAGGCGCGCUACAAGCGUCGCUGCAUGGCACGUGGCUCGAAAGCCUCUUGCCCGACAUCUUCGAUAUGGUCGUUGCGUUUCUUGGCUGCAGCGCCAUCAGCGAAAGCGAGGCGCAGGCGGCCGCGGCGGCGACGAAGGCCAACCGCGAUGCGAUCGUUCGAGCGUCAAUCGGGAUGCCAUGA